GCCACAGUAAGGCAACAAGACAGCGUCAUUAAUUCAAUUCCUGUGUCUGUCAGGAGAAUUAGCUUAUUUUAGCUCAUUCUGGCUUAAAGAGUUAUUAAAACAACGACAGACCGCUGGUGCCGAAGAAGAAAUGGACUCAGAUCACAGGCUGCUGGAUCUGCCCCGAAGUUCCCAAAUAACCCGACACGGAACAGACCAUCCAUGUCAUGUUUGGAAGGAGAAGAAUUUCACAGAUCAUCAAGAUGGGAACUCCAGUGUGGACAAGGAGAAAUCAGAACCUGUGCAGAUAAAAGAAGAAUGGGAUGAACUUAAAUUGCUGCAGAUGACUGAUAGUACGAAGAAGCAGGAACUUGGUUCUGUAACCGAGAACCAAACGGCACUACACCAUCAACAGAUAAAAGAAGAACAGGUGGAACUACAAAUACUGCAGGUAAAAGAAGACCAAGUGGAACCUCAAGGUGUGCAGAUGACAACGGACAAGGUGGAACAAGAGCCUAUGAAUAAAUCUCAGAACCAGGAGGAGCUACAGCAUCAGCAGAUAAAAGUAGAACCAGAGGAUGGGGAUAUUUUGCAGGUGAAAGUAGAAGAGAUGGAAAUCUGUAUUAGUCAGGAUGAGGAGAAGCUUUUGCUGAAGCAGGAGACUGAUUCCUUUGAAGAAAAAGACUAUGGAGAACCAGAACCAAUCAGGAACCAACUCGUCUCUCAGGACUUUCCAGAGGCUGAGACCCAUAAUCAGGAAGGGAGCAAUCCUGAAGACUCAGAAUCAAGCCGAGAUGAGAACCUGUAUUCUUGUGAAGUAUGUGAUAAAUAUUUUACACUCAGUAGUUACUUAAAUGAUCACAUGAGAACCCACACAGGUGAGAAGGGUUUCACGUGUCUGACCUGUGGAAAAACGUUCACUCAGAGGUGCAAUCUAACCCGUCACAUGAGAGCCCACACUGGUGAGAGGCCUUAUCCGUGUGAAGUGUGUGGUAAAGGUUUCAACGACAGCGGUGAUUUAACUCGUCACAUGAGAACCCACACAGGUGAGAAGCCUUUCUCAUGUGUGACCUGUGGGAAGGGUUUUACCAGGCAAAUCAGCCUGACUGCCCACAUGAGAAUACACACGGGCGAGAAACCUUACCCUUGUCUGUCGUGUGGGAAAAGUUUCACUCAAAGCAGCGCAUUAACCGUCCACAUGAGAACCCACACAGGUGAGAAGCCGUAUCCCUGCGGGGUGUGUGGGAAACGUUUUUCCCGGAGCUGUCACCUAAAUGUUCACAUGAUAACUCACACAGGUGAGACAUUCCCAUGUCUCACCUGCGGUAAACAUUUCACUCACAACAGUGCCUUAAAUGUCCAUAUGAGAAUUCACACGGGCGAGAAGCCUUACCCGUGUGGGUUGUGUGGUAAGUCCUUCUCUCGGAGUAGCCUCUUGACAGUUCACAUGAGAACGCACUCGGGGGAGAAGCCCUACCCGUGUGAAGUGUGCGGAAAGUACUUCUCACGGCGCAGCCACCUGACGGAUCACAUGAGAACGCACACGGGGGAGAAGCCUUUCUCCUGUCAGACCUGUGGAAAGUGUUUCAGCGGCAGGCACAGUUUGAAGUUUCACAUGGGAACUCACACACGUGAAAAUCUUUAACCUUGUGAAUCCCAGAAAGCAUCCAGUGGGGAAGCUGGAGUCUGUAGUUCAUCGAGCUGCACUACUAACUGGGGCACUUGUGUAAAUAGUUGGUCUUGAAAGGUAAAUAAGGGUAAAAAUGUGGCUGUCUGUUGUUAAGAAGUUACAAUUAUGUAAUAAUAAAUAAUGGCAAUACUUACAUUUAUAAACUGUUAGAACCUAGGCUUUUAAAAAAUAUAUAUAUAUAAAUAUAGAUAUAAAACACACAUUUUCCAAUUAAGGUUAUUAUGAAUUAUUACGGGCUGUACGGUGGCGCAGUUGGUAGCACUGUUGCCUUGCAGCAAGAAGGUCCUGGGUUCGAUUCCCAACCGGGGGUCUUUCUGCAUGGAGUUUGCAUGUUCUCCCCGUGCAUGCGUGGGUUCUCACCGGGUA